CAAGGGGACUAUCUCCCAGCGGCAGGCCUUCGAUAAAAUCAGGAACUUGCGCUGGCCCUGCAAUGUCAAGGGAGGGGGCUCACCCAGGGCUCCUGUAGCUCAAGGGGCAGGCCUGAGCCCUGCGCCCGCCCCGAAGCGGUCCAGCCCACCCCCCCCACACACCCCCGACGGGGCGCCCCAUCCCCAGGGGCUCCGCACUGGCCCCCACCGAGGCAGGGGACCUGACCGGCUCGGAGCUCGGCUGGAUGUUACAGGCGUGCAAAAUGGAAGGGUUUCCCCUCGUCCCCCCUCAGCCGUCGGAAGACCUAGUUCCCUAUGACACGGAUCUCUACCAGCGCCAAACGCACGAGUAUUACCCCUAUCUCAGCAGUGAUGGAGAAAGCCACAGCGACCAUUACUGGGACUUCCACCCGCACCACGUGCACAGCGAGUUCGAGAGCUUCGCGGAGAACCACUUCACGGAGCUGCAGAGCGUCCAGCCCCCGCAGCUGCAGCAGCUCUACCGCCACAUGGAGCUGGAGCAGAUGCACGUGCUCGACACCCCCAUGGCUCCCCCCCACGCCAGCCUCGGUCCCCACCAGGUCUCCUACAUGCCCCGGAUGUGCCUGCCGUACCCCUCGCUGUCCCCCGCCCGGCCCAGCUCGGAUGAAGAGGAGGGGGAGCGGCAGAGCCCCCCGCUGGAGGUGUCCGAUGGGGAGGCCGACGGCCUGGAGCCAGGGUCUGGCCUCCUGCACGGGGAGACAGGCAGCAAGAAGAAGAUCCGCCUGUACCAGUUCCUGCUGGACCUGCUGCGCAGCGGCGACAUGAAGGACAGCAUCUGGUGGGUGGACAAGGACAAGGGCACGUUCCAGUUCUCGUCCAAGCACAAGGAGGCGCUGGCGCACCGCUGGGGCAUCCAGAAGGGCAACCGCAAGAAGAUGACCUACCAGAAGAUGGCCCGAGCGCUGCGCAACUACGGCAAGACGGGCGAGGUCAAGAAGGUCAAGAAGAAGCUCACCUACCAGUUCAGCGGGGAGGUGCUGGGCCGCGGGGGCCUGGCCGAGCGGCGCCACCCGCCCCACUGAGCCCAGGCCUGAGCGCACCGGGCCCGCCAGGCCGCCCCGUUGGCCAUAGCAUUAACCCCUUCGCCCGGGCGGCCGGACACAGGAGGGAAGCUCCCAGGGGCAGGACUGUGGCGGGCCAGGCCUCGCCUCCCCGCCCACCCCCUCCUCCUCCAAGCCCCCUGCCAGCCCCACACCCCUUGCUUCGCCUCCCACCAGGGCGCCGGCCCGGCUCCGGAAGGCCGUCUGGGCGUCUGGCCCCCGCGAAGGGUCAGCUUGCUUAGUACUGGGCGAACGGCCUUGGGAGUUGGAAGCCGUCAUUGUUUGUGUAUAUUGAACCCCCUUUUUUUUCAGUGGCCCUCUCUCCCCACACCUCUCCCCCCAUCAGCAUCCUCAAGAAACCCAUUUACCUAAAGUUAUUCUCAGUUUUCUUCAGCCCGGAAAUGCUGUUUUUAAAUCUUUUGUGCACCUUGUCUGACGCACCCCAACCCCGACAUCUGAUCUGCCUUCUCGUUUGUCCAUUGAGCGUUUACUAAGGAUCCUCGCCAGUGCUGGACCUGCAGACCUCGGGAUGGUUGACACUUUGUCUAGUUGUCCGGUUUGUGUCAUACGGGGUUGAUAUUGCCUGACCUGCUGUCAUGAUCCACGGAGGGAACGAAUUCUCAGUUGUUGUUAGAGAAAUAAAUCAUUAAAAAGCUCUCUGUAUCUGAUAAA